CACCUGUGGCACAGGUAGCCUAUACACCUGCACUGCGUCAAUUGUUCAUAAGUGGAUACAUCUUCGAUGAUCAAGGCGCAUAAUUAUUGAGUAGCUGAACACUGUAUUGACGGUUCAAUCUAAAAAGAAUAGGCCUGUCCCACACCAUAGCAUGACUGAGGACAGAGGAAUUUGCGAUUUAGCUGUGGUGUCCUUACAUGAUAACGAGCCAGAGGCCGACAUGGAAGACCGGGAGAGUACUGCCUGCCAUCAGAGGAAAACAGACUCGAAACAACCCGAAGACACUUCUUACCAUCGGUUAAACGGAGGAACGGAUAACGUUGACGAAAGUGGACACGCUGUUGCUUUAACAUCAACCAACAAUCCAAAGUCCGACGUAGAUCCUUCUCAAAUGACCUGCGUUGACCACGACUCUGAGUUGGACUGGUUUUGUAGUUCCGAGGGGAAGCUUAUAUGUUCUCACUGCGCCAUUGUGGGACCGUGUCAGGGUCAUAUGGUGACACCACUCGGCACUCAAGCAACAACAGUGAGGAAUCAGCUUGUGGACAUCUGUGAGAAAAUGCAGAUGCAAGCAUUACGGAUUGAGCGCUUUAUCAGCCAAACCUUGUCUGUCAAAGAGAAAGCUAUACAGGCUGAUGCGAGUGCCGCGCGGGAGCGCGUGCUGGCCCAGGUCAGCGCGGUGCGGGAGGCCCUGGAUGAGGAGGAACAGCGCCUCCUGGAGGCUGUGCAGAGAGAGCAGGAGCGCGUGGAGCAGUGUCUGCUCACGCAGCGCGCUCACUGGAGCCAGGCCCUCACCUCGCUCUCGAGCACGCGCACCAACCUGGUGCACACGCUCACACACUCACAGGACGCAGAGCUGGUGACAUCCAGUCAACAAAUAAAUGACAGGGUGGAGGAGGCCGAGGGGGUGGGGGAGCCGCGUGACACCGAGCAGCUGAAUCUCAGCUCAGACUGCAGCGACAGCAGACUCAUGCAGGGCCUGUGGGCCAGUGCUCUUCUCCUGGGCCCCUCAGCUCAUGGGCCUGCCAACCUGCGUUUCCAAGAGCGUUCAGUCAGCACCAUGCUCUCUCUGUCUGCUGAUGAGUGCACGCUCACCUUCCUGCCUAAGCGCGCCCGCCAGUCCCCUCCGUACGACCUGGCCCGCUUUGACUGCUGGCCGAACGCUCUCAGCACCCUGGCCAUCUCCUCGGAGACCCACAGCUGGGUGCUGGAUGUGGGCCAAAGUGCUGCCUACAAGGUUGGAGUGUGCUAUGCCAGCAUGGACCGUAAGGGCUCGGGAAACGGUGCGCGGCUGGGCUACAACGACCGCUCCUGGGUGCUGUCGCACUACGAGGGCGACUUCACCUUCUGCCACGCCGGGCGCCACACAUCUCUACAUGUGAUCCGCAGACCCAGGCAUGUUGGGAUACUGGUGGAUUGGCCCAGCCAGACACUUCUGUUCUACGACCCGGACUCCUACUGCGUCCUGCAUGCCGUCAGUCACCACUUCACCGCCCCCUUGCUGCCAGCUUGUGCCGUUGCCGACCGCAGCGUCACACUGUUGCAUUGACCAGAGCAGGGCAGAUGGACAAAGGUGUAGCUCAAUUUAUAUGGUAAAAAGAGAAUGUAAGGUCUGCUUAUAACUAUUUUGCUGCUGCAGUGCAAUAAUCGUGAGCUUGUACUGGAGGGGAGCUGUGGUACAAGUGGCAGCAUCCUGACCACAUACAUAACCCGAUCCCAUCCCCAUCUCUCUCUUCCACCUGGUCUCUGUCCCUCUCAACUCUCCUAUCUGUAAAUGCACCCUCCACCCCUAAUCAGACACAGACACACACACACACACACAGAUGAACACACAUACAGCCUUUUUAGUCGGGCAGUCCUUCUCAUACUCUCUGGCUGACUCAUCCCAGCAUUUCUGGAUUAAUGAUCAAUCAUGACCAAUAGCUCUUUCAAUGUAAAUAUGAAGAUCCAGAUUCUCAUAAAUUAAGUUGCAAGAGUCACUAGUGAAUGACUCCACUGAAGACUAUUUCCCUAAAGCCACAGGUGUGUUGAGCAUGUUGACAAUAUUCAUGUUUUUCUCUUUUUUUUAUCUCUUUUUACUUCAAGCCAUUACUCUUAUCCAGAGAUUACUGAAUAAUCAUGUUGGGAUAUGCUAUAUCAUGCAAUGUGAUUGGGAUGUUGAUUAUUGAUUGAUUAGUGUUGUAGAUAUUUCAUUAAUGCUGUUUUUGCAUUAUUCAUCAAUCACCUCACCUGAAAGUAUUUAUUUUGAUUAUAGCCUACUGCCUAUUAUAUUCUGUGUAGUUAUGAUUGUGUAGAACUAAGUAUGUAUUAUGUAGUAACAAUUUGUAUGAAAGUGCAGUGCAUUCAUUGAGAAAAUGAUUCACCGGUUUUUCUAAAAAAAAAAUCUCUUAAAGAAUUGUUUGACAUUUAAUAUAAAUUUGUAUAUUUAUUUCAUGUUAUUUAAUAAUGGCAUUAGUUGAGAAACUAAGACUUUUAGUUUUUGUGUCAGUACAAUGAGACAACAAAAAAAAAGAAAAUGAAAGAUAACAACAGCAGAUGUCAGUAGUGCUUGAAGGCAUGAGAAGGUACCAUUAUGAGUCAUUACAGGUUUCAAGUGGAAAACUGCACACCGCAAAUAAAGAUCUGUGAGGAAAGCACCACCAAAUCCUAAGUGCAGUAAAUCUAUGUGUGAUCUGCAAUGUGCAGAGGUGUAUUUGGUCUUUUUGGUUUGUGUCUGGUAAACUGAUUGAUAUUUUGUUAAUGUUGUUUUUUGCAUCAUUAAUCAAUUACCUAAAAGUAUUUAUUUUGAUUGUAUUGCUUAUAAUAUUCUCUGUAGUUAUGAUUGUGUAGAGCUACUGUAAGUAUGUAUUAUGUGGUAACAAUUUGUAUGGAAGCACAAAUGCAAUGUUAUUUACAUUUUUCCUCAGUUGCUUUGGUGCAUUUCUCAGAUCAGAAUUGAAAUUCAAACUCCAUAUCAUCUCACUUGUGCAUAAACAUAAUUUUUAUUGUAUAUAUAUAUAUAUAAGUAUAUAUACUCUUUUGAUCCCGUGAGGGAAAUUUGGU